UACUAGGCGGCGGCGGGUGGCGUGGGGCUCCAUAGAUGCGCCACGGCUUUAGUAGGGACCGUUCGUCUCGACCGGUCUGAGCCUCGCCAGCCCCUCCCCCAGGAGACCGUUGCAGUCGGCCAGCCCCUGCUCUUUGGUAACCAUGUGUGACCGAAAGGCCGUGAUCAAAAAUGCCGAUAUGUCGGAGGAGAUGCAACAGGACUCGGUGGAGUGUGCUACUCAGGCAUUGGAGAAGUAUAAUAUAGAGAAGGACAUUGCGGCCCAUAUCAAGAAGGAGUUUGACAAGAAAUACAACCCCACCUGGCACUGCAUCGUGGGGAGGAACUUCGGUAGUUAUGUGACACAUGAAACCAAACACUUCAUCUACUUCUACCUGGGCCAAGUGGCCAUUCUCCUGUUCAAAUCUGGUUAAAAGCAUGGACUGUGCCACACCCAGUGAUCCAUCCAAAAACAAGGACUGCAGCCUAAAUUCCAAACACCAGAGACUGAAAUCUUCAGCCUUGCCUAAGGGAACACCUCGAUCUUUAUUGUGUUGUUUUGUACAGGGCAUUCUCUGUACUAGGUUGUUGUGGUUAUAAAGCAAUUAGCAAAACA